AUGGCCAGCAGAUACGGCCAGGCGUACCGCAACGGCGCCGGUGGUGGUAGUGGUGGUAGUGGCGGUGGUUACGGCAAUCUCGAUCGCCAGGAUGACGAGUACGACCCUUACGGAGAGGGAUACGGCAGCGACCGACAUGCCCCCCCUCCCCGCCGAACGAAUCCUCGACCCCCUCCCGCUGCCCGCAACGCGGCCGCCCCGCCUCCCCGGUCCGCCCAUCGAGUCCAGGAAACAAAUGCUGAGCGUGAGAUGGGAAAGGUGCUUGAAUUGAUCAAGCAGGAAUGGCCUGUCAUGUGCGAGAACGACUGCAUCCCCGUCCAGCUGGCCCUACCGCUGCUUGACACGAGCUCCGUCGGCCACCCGGAACUCAAGAAGCUACACGCCACAUCGCACAUGUACGAUGGCGUACUGCAGACCCUGAACGAGCUAGAUGACUUGCGCGCGGUCCCCGACCAACUCGAGGCUAGGAUAUCAGAGAAGCGCUUUCUUACCGCCGUCGAAGUCCUCCAAAACGCCCUGCGCAAGUUGACGAAACCCGAACUGGAUGACAUCGGGGCACUGAGCGAGCUGCGUAACUAUCUGGCAAAUCAGGAGACCGCGCUGAUGGACAUAUUGGUUGAGGAGCUGCACGAGCACCUCCAGGGCGCACUCGGCAAGGCUUUUAAGGACGCGCCAGCUGUAGUGCCAUUCCAUGCUGUUCUUGAUACCAUCGAUUGGGACCGAUCUGUGACCGAAGACCCCCACAAGAACCCCGAAGCCGACACCUUCUAUUACGUCACGCUGCUAGUUGAGGCUCUGAAUAGGUUGGGGAGGUUAGAGUCUGCCGUCGACACACUAAAGCAGAGGUUACCCGUUGAACUGUUUGCGGUGGUGAACGAAACCAUUAACGACAUCGAUCAAAAACACCCCAGCUCUUUGAGGGGUGGCUCUAAUGGCUCCCAUGGCCUCCAUAUUUACGGACAGCGCGAGACCAGGAUGAGGGCAGAUGUCAUUUACGAUCUGCUCUGGACGCUCUACGGAAAGUUCGAGGCCAUGGCUGAGGGUCACCGCGUGUUCCAUGAAUCCAUCAAAGCGCUCAUUCGCCGCGAGGGAGCCGGCAAUAACAUUGCGCUGCUGGGCAGCUUCAAGGAGCUCUGGAAUUUGUAUCAAAACGAGAUCCGUUCCCUCUUGCAUAACUAUGUCACGACGGAUGCCGACGUCUACCAGUUCCGCUCUUCACCCAGGCCUGGCAUGGGGAUGAACGGGACGAAGGAUGCGGCGCGGGAGCACCUCUUCAAGUUCUCUGAGGUCGACUCCAAGUCGACCGAGAUGGCAACCGAAUACGAGGCCUUGGACGGCAUCAUCCAAGCUGCUGUGCCGGGCUUGACCUCCAGCUCACGCAAGGGUGAUGGCAAAAAGGGCCUGGUUGUCCCACGGUCUGACCCGGCCACGCGGAAGAGCACUACCGGUUACGGCAGUAACCAGGGCAGCGGGACAUACAAGUCGUUGGUCGAGCCUAGCGUAUUCAACAUGAGCUUGUUGCUGCCACCUACUCUCAUCUUUCUGCAGCGUCUAAAGAACAUCGUCCCGCCCGGAUCAGAUCUGGCGACCAGCACCCUCACGUCGUUCCUCGAUAACUUCCUCGUCAACGUCUUCCAACCCCAACUGGACGAAACCCUCGGAAAGCUCAGCGACACCGUUUUUGGCGAGGCGGAUGCCUUCUUCCAGGAUUCGGAGUGGGCGCGGGUUGCUAAACGGCCCGUGUUCAAGGGUGCGACAGCUUUCUUUACGAUUGUGACGGCAUUCUGUCGAAUGCUGGGCACCAUCCCACACGAUCAGGCACUCAGCGCGCUCAUUAUAAGCCAAAUGCUUCGGUACUAUGACAGGUGCUUUACCUGGUACAAGGCCUUGGUCACCAAAACCCAAGAAGAAGCAUCUAGCGCCGAGGAGCUACGGGCAUCUGCCGUGCUGGCUCUUGAACCGAGUGAGGUCCACGAGAUGAUGCAGAAGCUAUGGGAGGCCGAGGCGACCGAUUUCGGACUCCUCGAGAAAGAGGCCGACCUGCUCAUGGCACAAACAAAGGUGAAAAGGCUCGACGCCAGUGAUAUCAUCCAAGACCGUGACACCAUCUCAUCGCUCUGCCUGUUGUACACCAGCAUGAAGUGGCUCUCGGUCAAGAUUCUCAGUCUGCGGCACAUCACCAAGAACGAGACCGACUCGUCCCGCUCCAGUCUUCCCAAACCCGAAAAGAAACGCUGGACGCUGCUCAACGACCCCAACAAGGCCACCGCAGACGAGGGCCCACCCUCCAAACCCUACACGCCGAAAGUCCGCUGCCGCAUCCUGCACUCCCUCUGCACAGCCCUCUCCCCCUCCCAAACCGCACCCUACCUCCUCGAGCAGGAGGUCACCGAGCCCGACCCGGAGAUCCUCUCGCUCAACAACGAGAUGGUGGCCUUCGACGAGACCACCUCGCACUUCCUGCGCGAGCGCGAGGUCGCCUUCGUCCGCACGGGCCUCGGCCUGCUCAUCAACUCGUACCUCGUGCGCAACGCCGCCAUGACCGCCCCCAUGAACGCCAAGGGCUGUGGUCGCAUGCGCCUGAAUGUGCUCGUCCUGCAGCAGAAUCUGAAGAAUAUUGAGGUCGGGCCGGGCGCCGAGUUGGCCAGGGCGAGGGAGUACUUUGGCUUGUUUGCCGCGGGGCCGGAUGGGAUUGUCAAGCGUGCCAAGGAGGAUGCCGAGAGGGCGAGGGAUGCUGCUGCUGCUGCUGCUGGUGAUGGGGAGGAGGCGGCCGGGGCUGGUGGUGGUGGUGGUGUGAGCUUUACGUAUGACGAGCUCAAGGCGCUGUUGGAACUGUGCUAUAGCGAGCAGCUUGCGGAUCCCGAGAGGGGGGUGGCGGCUGCUGCGAAGAGGCAGUUGGCGGAUAAGCUGUUGGGGUUGAGCGAGUAUAUGUGGCAGAGCUAG